AUUCUCAAAAAACUAGUUCAUCUAAAAGAAGAGGAGUUGGUAAAUGUAACGUGGGACAUUGGCGUCUUCCACUUGUCCUCUGCUCUGCCGUCUGCCUAUCAAAAACUGGUGUUUCAUUCUCCGUCACCACAAAGCUUUCACACAAUUCAGUGAAAUGGAAGGGGGAUUGAAGCCGAUGGAUGCAGAGCAACUGCGAGAGUAUGGUCACAAGAUGGUAGAUUUCAUUGCUGAUUACUACAAAAACAUUGAGAAUUUCCCCGUUCUCAGUCAAGUCCAGCCUGGUUAUCUCCGUAAGCUUUUGCCUGAAACCGCACCUGCUCAUUCUGAGACAUUGCAAGCCGUUCUUGAAGAUGUUGAAACAAAAAUAUUACCAGGGGUGACCCACUGGCAGAGCCCAGAUUACUUUGCAUAUUUUCCUUCAAAUAGUAGUGUGGCUGGAUUUUUGGGGGAAAUGCUCAGUGCCGGGAUUAACAUGGUGGGCUUUAGUUGGAUAACUUCUCCAGCAGCGACAGAACUUGAAAUGAUCGUUCUGGAUUGGCUUGCUAAAGCACUUAAGUUGCCUGAUGAAUUCCUUUCAACAGGUCAAGGAGGUGGAGUGAUACAGGGAACAGCAAGUGAAGCUGUUCUAGUUGUGAUUUUAGCUGCUAGGGAUAAGGUUCUGAGAAGAGUCGGAAAAGAUGCAAUCAGCAAACUUGUGGUCUAUUGUUCUGAUCAAACUCAUUCUUCUUUACAGAAAGCUUGCCAGAUCGGAGGAAUUUAUCCUGAGAACUUUCGGGUGCUGAAAGCAGACCCAUCCAGGGAUUAUGCUCUUUCUCCUGAUACACUUUCAGAAGCUGUAUCACAUGACAUGGCCACUGGUUUAAUACCUUUCUUCUUUUGUGCUACUAUUGGUACAACAUCUUCAACUGCUGUGGAUCCUUUGCUCGAACUGGGAAAGAUUGCCAAGAGUAAUAGCAUAUGGUUUCAUGUGGAUGCGGCCUAUGCUGGAAGUGCAUGUAUCUGUCCAGAAUACCGGGGCUAUAUGAAUGGUGUCGAAGAAGCUGAUUCGUUCAACAUGAAUGCACAUAAGUGGUUUCUGACAAACUUUGACUGUUCCGCUCUCUGGGUCAAGGACCGGAGUGCACUCAUCCAGUCACUGUCAACAAAUCCUGAGUAUCUCAAAAACAAAGCCUCUCAAGAAAACUUGGUUGUGGAUUACAAAGAUUGGCAAAUUCCUCUUGGACGCAGGUUCAGAUCACUGAAGCUGUGGAUGGUAUUGAGACUCUAUGGGCUGGAAAAGCUUCAAGCUUACAUAAGAAACCAUAUAGAACUAGCAAAGCUAUUUGAGGAACUUGUUGCUCAAGACAAGAGGUUUGAGAUUGUCACCCCUCGGAAGUUCUCAUUGGUUUGUUUUCGCCUACUUCCACCCCCAAGUAAUGAAGAUUAUGCCAACAAACUGAACCAUGACCUGCUAGAUUCUGUCAACUCAACUGGGAAACUGUUUAUUUCUCACACGCUUCUUUCAGAUAGAUACAUACUACGCUUUGCAGUAGGGGCUCCACUGACAGAAGAGAGGCACAUCGUUGGAGCUUGGAAAGUUUUACAAGAUGAGGCUGCUACAUUGUUAAGUAAAUGUUAAUAUUAAUCCAUUAUUUCACGUCAUUAUUAAUUGACCACAUUAUUGAAAUGCAAUUUAUUUUGUCUUGUUCUCAUUGAUACUUUUAUUACAGUACUUUACUUUGAUUGACUUUUCUGUUCUACUUACGGAAGCUUAGAAUACUGCUAGGUUUUUUUGCUUUUCUGCGACAAUUGGAAACUUGUCUACCUCUACAUGUUAUCAUUGAUCACAUGAUGUAACUCAACUGAACUCGGAAGAUCUUUAAUUCUGAUAGUUGACUGAAAGAA